GAGCACGGUGGACGCCGACUCCCGGCGCCUCUCAGCUUUGCCGCCCACGCGGUCCGCCUGGGGCUCAGGGAUGAAAGCGUUAACCUCUCCGGACGCCGGCUAGCGCGGUUCAGUCUCGCGAGAGUUUUUACAGCACAGUCAGGCUUUCAGUGGGCCCCGCCCCCAGCCCUGUUCGUUACCUAGCAACGAUGCAGCCCGCCCGGGAGCCGGGAGACUCGGGAGCUGGUCUCACCCUUCCUCGGGGCCAGGGUCCGCGCUUCCGCCUGGAGCCUCGCCCCCCGCGUCCGCCGGCGCCCGGUUGGUCGGAGGUUCUCCCCAGCUGACCCUCUGCACUGUUUUGAAGACCGUCUUCCUGCCCCUCCUUCCAGACGCCUGCCGGAGAGCCACCAUGUCUGGGCACUUCGGGUCUCCCUCGGAACACAGCAGCAACCGAACCACCAGUCUUCGCAUGGCGGACAAGAAAUGUUCCUGGGCCUCCUACAUGACCAACUCCCCAACUCUCAUUGUGAUGAUUGGUUUGCCAGCCCGGGGGAAGACCUAUGUUUCCAAGAAACUAACACGCUACCUCAACUGGAUUGGGGUGCCCACCAAAGUGUUUAACCUGGGGGUGUACCGGCGCAAAGCGGUCAAGUCCUACAAGUCCUACGACUUCUUUCGGCAUGACAACGAGGAGGCCAUGAAGAUCCGCAAACAGUGUGCUCUGGUGGCACUGGAAGAUGUUAAGGCGUACCUCACCGAGGAGAACGGGCAGAUUGCGGUGUUUGAUGCCACCAAUACCACCCGGGAAAGGAGGGAUUUGAUUUUGAACUUUGCACAGCAGAAUUCCUUCAAGGUGUUCUUUGUGGAAUCUGUGUGUGAUGAUCCUGAUGUUAUCGCUGCCAAUAUCAUGGAGGUAAAGGUGUCGAGCCCCGACUAUCCCGAGAGGAACAGGGAGAAUGUGAUGGAGGACUUCCUGAAGAGAAUUGAGUGCUACAAAGUCACCUACCGACCCCUGGAUCCAGACAACUAUGACAAAGACCUCUCUUUCAUCAAGGUGAUAAAUGUGGGCCAGCGAUUUUUGGUCAACAGAGUGCAGGAUUACAUCCAGAGCAAGAUAGUCUACUACCUCAUGAACAUCCACGUCCAGCCCCGCACCAUCUACCUUUGCCGGCAUGGGGAGAGUGAAUUCAAUCUCGUGGGCAAGAUCGGGGGUGACUCCGGCCUCUCGGCGCGGGGAAAGCAGUUUGCUCAGGCUCUGAGGAAUUUUCUGAAGGAACAGGAGAUAGCAGAUCUGAAAGUGUGGACAAGCCAGUUGAAGAGGACCAUCCAGACCGCUGAGUCUCUCGGGGUGACCUAUGAGCAGUGGAAGAUCCUGAAUGAGAUUGAUGCUGGCGUGUGCGAGGAAAUGACCUACGCAGAGAUUGAGAAGCGGUACCCGGAAGAGUUUGCACUUCGAGAUCAAGAUAAGUAUCUGUACCGGUACCCAGGAGGCGAGUCCUACCAGGACCUGGUGCAGCGGCUCGAGCCUGUCAUCAUGGAACUGGAACGGCAGGGCAACGUCCUGGUCAUCUCCCACCAGGCUGUCAUGCGCUGCCUCCUGGCCUACUUCCUGGACAAGGGCGCAGAUGAACUGCCGUACUUGAAGUGCCCUCUCCAUACCAUCUUCAAACUCACUCCCGUGGCCUACGGGUGCAAAGUAGAAACAAUUCAGCUCAGCGUGGAGGCCGUGAACACUCACCGGGACAAGCCCACUAACAACUUCCCCAAGAACCAAACCCCUGUAAGGAUGAGAAGGAACAGCUUUACGCCUCUGUCCAGUUCGAAUACAAUCAGGCGUCCAAGAAAUUACAGUGUUGGGAGCCGGCCCCUCAAGCCCCUCAGCCCUCUUCGUGCCCUGGACGUGCAAGAAGGGGCCGACCAGCCGAAGACCCAAGUCCGCAUUCCGGUGGUGUAACCGUGUGUGUCCCUCCGCCCUGGCCUCCUGCCCCUGUCACUAAUCACCUGCGCCCUGCCACUUCACCAUUAAUCUGAACACAGAUCCUGGGUCUGUGUUGUGGACCAGCUUCCGUCGGCGGCCUCGCCCAGGGGCAGCUUGGCAGGUUGGGUCUUUCAGGACAGGCGCUCAGCUGGGGUGGUCUGGAGGAGGAGGAACAGGAUACACUCUCCGGGGCCAAGCACGCCCCUACACCUGCUCCUUUCCCGUGUCCAACUCCCCACCGUCCUGGUGCUGUGACAGGGGCAGGUAAGUGCAGGGAGACACGAAAGCCCAUUUAUCCUUCGCCUUUGUCUCUUGAAUGUGUGUUUCCUUCAUAGUCUUCGCUUGGUUGUUCUCCUCGUCCAGCUCACCCGUGGCUUGUCCAGUGUUAUUGUCUGGGAAAAGGGGUGGUUGGUGAAGGAGAAGGCUAGGCCCCGACGCUGCCUUCUCCCAUGGGCCUGAAGGGAUCAGGACUCGGGGAGACUCUCCUUUGCCUUCUCCCUUCCUCUCCAGCCAGGUCCUGUAAGGGUCAGCCCAGGCUGCACACCCAGAGAAUGCUCUGGCGCUUGCAAGUACACAUAGGGUGAGAGUUCUGGCCUCCUCUCCUAAGAAGUGAUCCUGUUUCUGAUGCUGUGAGAGGAGCUGGCUCCGGGGACGUGGACGACAUCUUGGUGUGUGUUCUAGCUUGAAGAGCCCAGAGUAGAUCGUCUGUUACUGCAGGGUGGGCUGGGCCAGCAGGGCGGUCUCCAGCUCUCGCACAGCGCUUCCUGGAGCACUCCUCUCCUCGCCUGUGGUGCUCAGGUUCUUUGCCAAUCACAGCAGGUUCCAUGCCAAGCCUGUGUCCUGCUCUUCUUGAGUUGUGCCGAGGUCUGAAGGGCCCCAUUUCCUAUAAUUUUCAGCACAGCCUCCUUAACUUAAAGAAAAAGCUGCUUCUUCCCCCCGCCCCUCCAGGAGCAACCUUUUUUCCCCCCAAAUAUGGAAAAAGCUUGAUCAGCGUUUAAUCUCUCAUUUAGAGUAUUCUUGUUCAUAAGGAGAAUCUAUCUCAUCUUAAUGUCUAGAGGAGUCCUUGGCACACUGGAGUCUGACUCUUUACUGUUUUAUUUAUUCACUUCUGUCAUUUUCUUUGUAGGGUUAGACAGGAAAUAUUUAAAUCCAUAGCCCCUUGGUGGCCAGUAAUGGCUUUCUCUCGGUCCCAGUGUAGUAGACAAAAUGCAUGAAUGUGGAUAUGUAUAUUUUGCCGAGAGGCAAGUCUAGAAUUCUCAUGAGAUUUUUUUUAAAAAGAUGGGUGGCUCCUCACUGCAAAGUUAUGAAUUUGUCUUUUAGAAGAAGUCAGCAAUUUUCCGAGGACGGUCGUGUUUGGUAAUAGAAGACUCGUCUUGGUUCUCACCCAGGAGUGUUCUUUAGAGAGCUCUUUAGAACUUUGGGACAACAUGUCUGGGUCCACCUGGGUCAGGCUCAGUAGUGGCUCAUUGCAUCUAGGUUGGAGCCUGGACAUGUGGUGUUUAAUAGCUUCCCUGAUUAUUCUGAUUCAUUCCCAAGGUUCAGCGCUCCACCCUGUCAACUUGGGUGGGAAAACACUCGGGCAAAGUGUCAGCCUGCAAGUUCUGAAUUGCCUCCUGGUUCUGAAAGGACAGUUCUGUGCAGUUAGAUGUUUGAGCACUUGACAGUUUGAAAUGAAGUCACCCCCUCGAAGGCAGGCUGCGUCAAACAACCCUUUUUAUUAAAGGCUUGUUCCAGGCUCUUGUCCCAUCUCUGACACUUUACUUUGCAGGGUAAUUAAAAGAAAUCACUAGAUUAAAUAAAUGUCUUUGGUUGAAAGCUGAGGGUUUUAAGCACCUUGGAGAGAGGCACCAGUGAUAAAAAUCGGCAGCACUGGGAGCUGACUGCUGACCUUGAGCCCUUUGCUCUUACGUGUCCAGUAGAAUCCUGCAGCCAGUGUCCACAGUCAGGGGGGCUAGAUUCUUCCUGAAGUUGUGUCCGAGACAGAGUCACCUGCCGUCACACAUUGUCUUUAGUGGCGUUGGUUUUGGCAGCUUUAGGGGGGUGGGUUUGUUUAGUAUCUUUGCUUUUGGGGCUUUGAGCUGGUGGGGGAAGGACACACGGAAGUAGUAGAACGGGGCCUUCUCCUGGGAAGCAGGACUUGUAUAACCAGUGAGCACUUGCCGAAGAGAGCUCCGAGUGUAGAGUGAUGCGGCAGUGGAGAGCAGAUUGCUCUUCCUCGAUUUUCUCUUGUCCUGGGGCUGCUGGGAGACGGGGGUCUGGAGAGGGGUGUUCUGCAGUGGGGUCUGGGAGGUCAGUGCACGCAGUCGCCUGGUCUGCUGGGCUUGGGUAGUGGCAUCUGUGGCCCGAAUGGCCCAAUUCAGCCUUUGCUUGUGCUGCGAGGUGAGAGUACUGAGUGAGAAGAUGGAACUAUGGAACUCGGUGAUCUCAAGACCCUGGAUUUGGGCUGCACUCACCAUGAAUCAGGAGAGGGGGCUUGUGGUGAAGUAGCACACUGUUAGCCUGUUAAAACCCCGGCACUGGAGACAGGUCCAGGGAACGUUCACUCUGGCUCUCAGCCUGCUGAUUGUUUUUCCACUCUCCCCAGCCCCCUUGCUGGUCUGUUUCCCCCCGCAGGAGCUGAGGUGGUCUUACUGCCCUCAGAUAGGACACGAGCAAUUGGAAUUUGACAACCCGCAAGGGUUUCAGCGUCUUUCAGGUUUUAGUGCUAAGAACCUUCAGAGAAGUUCAUCAGGAAAAUAUAGAGUGGGCUUGAGCGCUGACUCCAAGCUUUAGAGACAGCCUGCUUCCCGUCUGUGCUCUCCCAGCCUCUCCCCUGCUUUCUUGAAUGUGUACUCAUGGUGUGUGCACCUUGCUGUGCUGUCUCAACCCCAAGUUCAACAGGGAAAGGUUGGGCCCCACACUGCCCUUUGCUGAUGCGCUGAGUUCUGUUGAAUAGGAAGCCGGUGGAGACUUCAGCAUUUAAUCUACUGAUGUAAAAUAGGGAAAGGAAAUCAUGAUGUUAUGUGUGUGUGUGUGUGUGUUCUCUUGCUCUCAGAGCUGAUUGAAGAAAUCCCUGGCAGAUUUGAGAGCAGCCACUUCCCAUUCCGGCCUCCUCAUCUUCCAGUUGGAAUUUAGCACUUACUUUUUGUCUCUGUUAUCUGUUGUUUUGAUAAAGGGGUAGUUGAAAAAAUAGAAGAAAGAUCUUUUAAAAACAUGCAUUGUGCUAGGCAUGAUCUGCCCCAUGCCCCAUAUCAUUGUCUCUGGCUUUUUUUUUUUUUUUUUUUUUUUGUCUGUUUCCCAAGAACUGAGCAUUAAGGAUGGCCUGUCUUUGUGCUCCCCGCCUGGAUGUCUGUCUCAUGUGAGAGCAGGGCCAAACCCUUGCAAGCCACGCUUGAUGUUCAGAGGCAGUGAGGUUUGGAGGGAACAUUUGGCACAGCUGUUUGGGGAUAAAGCCACCUUGUGGUUUUCCUGUGAGCAGGAUUCUGAGUGAUCAGGAAACAGCGGUGCUUAGCCCGAGGACAAGGGAAGCACACUUAGUAACUGUGAGAAGUGUAUGUGGGUGAGGGGAUCUUAGGCAUGUUCUACUAUCUUUGCCAAGUCCAAAAGCUGUGUUGUAUUGUCAAAAAAUUGGAUAGAUUUACACAGCUUUCCUACUGUGCAUUUUGGCUUGCUUGUAUUUGGAAAUACUUUUAUUUAUUUUUAUUUUUUUGACAGGCAGAGUGGAUAGUGAGAGACAGAGACAGAGAGAAAGGUCUUCCUUUUCUGUUGGUUCACCCCCCAAUGGCCGCUGCAGCUGGUGCGCUGUGGCCGGCACACCGCGCUGAUCUGAAGCCAGGAGCCAGGUGCUUCUCCUGGUCUCCCAUGGGGUGCAGGGCCCAAGCACUUGGGCCAUCCUCCACUGCCUUCCCGGGCCACAGCAGAGAGCUGGACUGGAAGAGGAGCAACAGGGACAGAAUCCAGCGCCCCGACCAGGACUAGAACCUGGGGUGCUGGCGCCGCAGGUGGAGGAAUAGCUUAUUGAGCCAUGGUGCCGGCCAAGAAAUACUUUUAUUUUAAAAUGUAUAGCAAGAGUAGGUGUUCACAGAGGGUUGCCCUCCUUGGGAUGCCUGCACCCCAUACUGUAGUGCCUGGUUCAAGUCCCAGCUGCUCCAUACUUCUGAUCCGGCUCCCUGCUAGUGUGCCUGGGAAGCAGAGAAUCAUGGCCCAAGUACCUGGGUUCCUGCCACCCAUGCGGGAUACUUGGAUGGAGGGAACUUCUGGCUUCUGGCAGUGGUCUGGCCCAACCCAGGCUGUUUCAGGCAUUUGAGGAGUGAACCAGUGGAUGGAAGAUCUCUACAACCCCUCCCCAACUUUCAAAUAAAUAAAUAAAAAUUUUUAAGCAGAAAUUUAAAAAUAUGUAACAAUUGAGUCCAUUUGCAGCAUUGGCGGGCUCUUUGGCUUCUCUUGGCCAUGGCACAAACCUUAGACGUGUGCCCAAGAAUUUACUCUAGACUCCCAGUCCCCAGGGUCUCUGCAUCCUCUCUGAUGGACUCUAGGGGUUGUGUGCUGGCUGACAGACUCACAGCAGUGCACCUGCUUUCUGACUGUAGCUUGGUGGUGUGCACACGUGUCGUAAUUCUCGGUCUACAGCGCCUGUCUAUGAAGAACAGAAUUCAACAGGCCCUGCUUUCUCUUUCUAGGGAAAUUCUACACUCUGGUCUUAAUAGACAUUUCUUGUCCAUUAGCAGCCAACUUCUCAUCAUUUUGUAAAAGAUGAUGGUUGAGUAUCACUGGGAUGGUAUUUUGUGAACUCAUCCAAGGGAACGUGUGUUCAGAGCCUGAAGUUGUGACAUGUACUUGAAGUCAGCUCACCCAGUGCCCUUCAGGGCAGGGCUUUGUGUCACCCUCUGUUUCUGAACCUUCUAUGCCCGCAACUGACUCUGUUGAGGAGUGUCGCGUUCCACUGGGUAGUGGUGCUGUUUUUAGUCUGCGUGAACUUGGCUUUUAUUCCUAAUCUAAUAAAUAGAAAUACAGAGGAGAUUUUGUGAUGAAGAAAUGGGUGGGUACAUGUGUUCUUUCCAGUCAGCCUUUUACUGGAUAUCGGUGUCCAAUAUCUACUUACUUUCAAUGUGAUUGUAUUUGAUUUGUUGUAUAUAUUUUGUUUGAUAUUGAAGUCAGACAAUUAACUCAUUCUGAUAUGGUGAUGAUUUUACUGUGGCAAAAGCAAAGGACUGAUCACAAGCAGUGCCCUUUGGAGGGAGGUGGGAGUGAGGGAGGGCUGAGGCCCACUGGGUUGGAUGGGAAUGGGCUGCACUGGGAAGCCAGGAACAGUUCUGUUGUGGUUCCCUAGGCACUGCUCUGUUGAAAGUCAGAAUGUAAAUCUGUAGUGGUGUUCUGAUUUAAUUGGUGACACUGAUAAGAAAAUUCACCAGAGGCGUGUACAACUGUAUUUGAAAUGUGCUUUGUGUGUGUGUGUGUGUGUGUGCGUGUUUGCGUAUGUGUGUAGACUGGGUAAAUAAAAUUGUUGAAUAACUUGAACAUUUCAGAAGGCUCCUGGGUUUUUUGUUUUGUGUUUUGGGUUCUGUUCCCUACUGUCCCCCCUUCCCCCUAAAACUUUGCCUCUUGUUGCACAGUGAGACUUGGGCAAACCCACUUCAGUGUGAUUGAGUCCAUGGCAUAGGCAUGGCUCACUUCCACCACCUUCUGGGGGAGAUGGGAAGGACAUCAUGGAAGAAAACAUGGUGUACUUGUGUGUACCUAUUGGCACCUCUAUAAGAAUUACAAACUACAUUUGACCACACUGUACUCUAAGUCCCAUUAGUGACAUGUAAUUCAUGUUAUCUAGUACAAAGAAAAACACUGGAGAACUUUGAAAAUUUAUUGGGCUGUUGCUUCUAAAAUACAGCUUGCCUGUUGUUUUGUAAAGGGCUUGUAGUCAAUGGUGCAGAGCAGUGUUUAACGUCUUCUGGGAUGGGCGAAUGUGCAGGUGGGGUUCUUUCACCAUUCUCAGGCCUUAGUCCUUGGAAUCCUAACGUGGCCCAGGAACUCAAGAGAAAAGCAGAAUCACAGGCUCCGUUGCAGACCCGCUGAGCCCGAAUCUUCCUCCUAACAGGAUCACGAAGUGGUUCCUAUGUACAUUCAGCACUUGGGGAGCACUGUUCUAAGGGGAAGAAUUUCUCACGAGGUGGAACGUUAAGUCUCAGUGAAUGGGAGGAAGUUGCUCUGCUCUGAUCCCUGACUUCAGAGCAGGACUGGGAUAGCUGCCACGGUAGGGACCCUCUCGGAGGCCAAGUAGCCCCCAGGCUGCAGUGUCACUCUUGUGGCAUGGUCUUUGGCUGAUGUUGCCAACACAUUCUCCUUUUACUGCCGGGGUCCUGGCUACUUCGGUUUCAUAGCUUGGGUACGUAGCUUGUGGUCCAGGUCUGACGAGGUCAGCUUCUCAGGGAGAGAAGCUGAGUUUACCUGACUCCCCAGCGUCCAUGCGUGGGUGUGGAUAUGGGGGUGAGCGGCACGGGGGAGCAGUGGAAAGGCGGGAGGGCUCCUCUACUUUUCUGCUGUCUGGGACAUAAUGGCUCUGCUUCUCUUCCUU